AUGGCACAACAUGUUGGGUCCCACCUUCACCCCCACUCUCAUCCGGCAUCAACAUUCUUCUUCACAAUUACAACUCCAUCAACUCAGUCAACUACUCUCUCUCCGUGCAGCUUCACCUUCCCAUCCUUUUCAUCUUCAUCUUCAUCUUCGAUUUCCAUCUCGCCUUCAUCUCCCUCGUCGAUUCCGUUAAGGCACGAGGAAGGCCGGUCGCAAGAUGAUGAUCCUGUUUCGUAUCUUCAUCUUCAACCAGUCAGCAGCGAGGACAACUUCGAUCGCGUCGUUGCCGAAGCUCAACAUCAACAACACGCCCUCCUUGUUGUUUGGAUGGCAAGUUGGUGCAGAAAAUGUAUAUAUCUAAAACCGAAAUUAGAAAAGUUGGCAGUAGACUAUUAUCCAAGAUUGCAAUUCUACAGUGUAGAUGUUAAUGCAGUUUCACACAAACUUGUUGCCCGUGCUGGUGUGACUAAAAUGCCAACCAUACAACUAUGGAAAGACAGCAAGAAACAAGCUGAAGUCAUUGGUGCAAAUAAAACAUAUUUGGUAAUAAAUGAGGUUCGGGAGAUGAUUGAGAAUGAGUCCACUAUGUGA